CAAUGGCGAGGGAUGAGAGCUACGGGAUGGUUCGACCACCUUUGGCGAAGACCAGGAAGCAGGACGAGGAGCCUCUUCGCCCCGACGGCAUGGCUCACGACCUUAUCUACUCCAUAGAGGACGUCCCGCCCUGGUACCUGUGUCUGGUGUAUGGCUUCCAGCACUAUUUAGCCAUGAUAGGCGGCACCAUCUCCAAGCCCAUCAUCCUGGCUUCGUUCUUGUGUCUGGAGGAGCACAACCCCGCGCGGGGCGCCCUCGUCUCCACCAUCAUCUUCAUGUCCGGAGUCAUCACCCUCCUCCAGUCCACCAUCGGGGUCAGGCUGCCCAUCAUCCAGGGCGGGAACUUCGCCUACGUGGUGCCGACGGUAGUGUUGCUGACGACGAGCUAUGAGCCUUGUAGCGCCCUGCCGCUGGCCAACUUCACCUCCACGGAGAGGGAGGAGCUGUGGCAGGUCCGCAUGAGGGACAUCCAGGGCGCUAUUACCCUCUCCGCCUUGUUUCAAGUCAUAAUUGGAUUCUCAGGUAUGGUGGGCGUACUGUUACGCUGGAUCACGCCGCUGACGGUGGUGCCGACGGUGACGCUGGUGGGACUGUCGCUCUUCGACGUGGCCUCCAAGGAAGGCUCCGGCCACUGGGGCGUCUGUCUCCUGACUGUGGGCCUGGCCAUUGUGUUCUCCCAGCACAUGAGGGACCUGAAUGUGCCCUUCCCCAUCUACAAGAGAGGCAAGGGCCUUUCCACCACUUACUGUCAGCCCUUCAAAACACUUUCCCUGUUAUUGGCUAUCAUCAUAUCGUGGGGAUUAUGCGCCCUUUUGACCAAGUAUGACGUCCUGCCCGAGGGGUCUCCCGCCCGCACUGACAGGACCGGUGCCAUGUUGGACACCACCCCUUGGCUCCGCUUCCCCUACCCUGGACAAUGGGGCGUGCCCACGGUGAGUGUGGUGGGCACGGUGGGCAUGCUGGCAGCGGUCUUCUCCUCCAUCAUAGAGAGCGUCGGGGACUACUACGCUUGUGCCAGGGUGGCAGGUGCGCCGCUGCCGCCAACACACGCCAUCAACCGGGGCAUAGGCGUGGAGGGCAUUGGCUGCAUGAUGGCCGGUCUGUGGGGCACGGGCAGCGGCACCACCUCCUACUCCGGCAACAUCGGCGUCCUCUCCAUCACCAAGGUGGGGAGCCGGCGUGUGGUCCAGUACAGCGGGAUCAUCAUGGUGGUGUGUGGUGUGGUGGCCAAGGUGGGCGCCAUGUUCGUCACUAUCCCUGGACCCGUCAUCGGCGGCAUCUUCAUCAUAAAGUUCUCCAUGAUUACCGCCGUCGGCAUCUCCACCCUCCAGCACGUCGACCUCACCUCCUCCAGGAACCUCUUCGUCCUCGGCUUCUCCAUAUUCUUCGGCCUCUCUCUGCCUAAGUGGUUGGAGAUGAACCCGUCCGCCAUCAAGACCGGGGAGCCGCUGCUGGACCAGACCCUGCUGGUCCUCCUCCACACUCCCAUGUUCCUCGGUGGUCUCCUGGGGCUCAUCCUCGACAACACCGUCCCAGGUACGGACGAGGAGCGAGGUGUAGCCAGGUGGCGGGGGCAGGGUGUCAACACAGAGGAGCAGCAGCUGGAGGAGACCAGGCUCACAGCUUCCUGUUACCAGCUUCCCUUCGGAACCUCCACCAUCAACAAAGCCAAAUGGAUGAGACACGUUCCCUUCUGCCCGACCUUCUCGGGCUUCUCCAGCUGGACGGCCAUGACGGAGAGACUGAAGAAGUCGCUGUGUCAGUGCUAAGAGCUGCAGCAGUGACUGGUACCAUCACUGGAGGAUGCUCCUACUAGCAGCAGUGACUGGUACCAUCACUGGAGGAUGCUCCUACUAGCAGCAGUGACUGGUACCAUCACUGGAGGAUGCUCCUACUAGCAGCAGUGACUGGUACCAUCACUGGAGGAUGCUCCUACUAGCAGCAGUGACUGGUACCGUCACUGGAGGAUGCUCCUACUAGCAGCAGUGACUGGUACCGUCACUGGAGGAUGCCCCUACUAGCAGCAGUGACUGGUACCAUCAGUGAUAUGUUGUUGGUAUGCUGAUAUAUAAUUGCUCUUGUUAGUGAUGGAACUACAUUCUCUCCCAACUCUCUCUUUAAGACUUCUGUAGUUGCCUUCCCCUUAUGGUGUAGGUACCUUCUGGUCUCCUGUCUACCUUUCCCGUCUUCAUUACCUUACACUUGCUGGGAUUAAAUUCUAGCAACCAUUUAUUUGACCACUCCUGUAGUUUGUGAAGGUCAUCCUAUAACUUUCUGCAGUCCUCGGGUUUUUACAUUCUCCAUUAGCUUUGCGUCUUCUGCGAAUACUGACAUGAAUGCGUGCUCUCCCUCAGGUAGGUCAUUCACAUAAAUUAUGAACAGCAGAGGUCCUUGGCCCGAUCUUUGGGGUACUAUUCCUCCAACUCGAGACAUCGUCUCUGACUGUGACUCUGUUUUGUCUUUGCCCUGUUAACUCUUUUUCCCGUAAUCUCAGCGUGCUUCACCGUCUUGCUCACCAGCCUUUCAUGAGUAACAGUAACAAAUGCUUUUUGAUAGUCUAGGAGAACACCCAGCCUUCUUUUUCCUGUCUUAUUUUAGUAACUAUCAUAGAACGCUAUCAAGUUUGUUAGACACGACUUUUCCUUUGUAAAUUUAUGCUGCAACUUUCUGUAACGUUUAUCUUCUCCGAACAUUCAGUCAUUCUCAGUUAUUUUUCCAGCAAUUUACACAGAAUUUACACAUUUACAGUCAAGUGAUACUGAUAUGUGGUUUAGUACCUCCUGUCUCUCCCAUUUUUUGAAUACUGGGACUACGCUAUCUUCUUUCUAAAAUACUGGAAGUUUCCAGUCUCAAGAGUUUUAAUUAAAAAUGUAGUCAGCGGGUGACAAAGUGCCUGUGCAGCCUCCUUCAACAACCAAACAACCGUGGUGAUGUUAGGUCUUGUCUUAUUAAUUUUGUUGCAGCUAAUUCUUCCAGAUGUUUGUUUAACCUCCCUUACAUUGACUACAAUGUCGUCCAGUGUUACCUCCAACCAUUCAUCUGGCCAACCUGGUCUCCAUUCUGGCUCUUUUGCGAAGCCCUCCUGAAAUCUUCUGUUGAGUUCUUCACAUACCUCCUUGUCGUUUUCUGUGACUGUUCCACCGUGUUAGGUGGGGUGUGUGUGGUGUGGACCUCUGGUAACGUGUAGUAUGGUACAUGCCAUCUGGUACUAAAUAUAGUGUUAACUAAAUACUAAACGUUUAUUUAUUUAUUUAUAUACAAGACGGUACAUUGGGUUUGUGAGAAUACAUUGCAUAGUAUUUACAAUCUUGUAAAGCCACU